GUUGGUAAGCCUGUGGUGUCAGCGGUUUCAUUUCUCACACUAAGUCGUUGUAGCAGCGAAAAGUAUAUCGUACCACACAAAGCCGCAAGAGGAACACCAGAACACCCAAAAGCCCAAAUGUCAAAAGGCUGACAUAAGUUCAUGGAAUAUUGUUGAGUCAAACUGGAGUCACAUGGUCUGAGUGUUCGAGAGGAAGCAGUGUGUGCAUUUCGUCUGACAAGGCCCUGACCCGGGGAAGGAAUAUUAUGCAAAGUAAAGAACACUUGAUCGUAUCGGGCAAGGAAUUUUACCAUCAACAUCUACAUCUACCCAUCCGUGCUCUCACGGGUUCUAUUUUCUGUUCUUGAAAAGAAAUUAACGGAUAGCCGGUUGCAAAUGGAAACCCUGGACAAGCAAAUGGGACAAUGGCUGUAUUGCGCAUCCCGGGUCGUUUUUACGUUUUCAAGGGGAGAAUCUUGUGGUUUGUUUUUGUCGGUCUAUUCGCGUGGUUGUUUUUAUCUUUUCUGAGAAAUACCUUUUGUCACAUUCGCGACGAUCAGUUCUAUCCAAAAGUGCAAUUCCAGUUACUAGACCCUGACGUAUCUCCAGUUGGAGUAAAAAACGAGACGUUUUAUCUUGUUGUGGUUGUGAAUUCCGAUCCUCGUAAACUAGAAAAUCGACAGACAAUACGUGAAACAUGGGGCUCAUCGCAUCUACAGCGAGAAUACACCAUCAGCAACCGAGAUGGAGUGAAAUGGGGAGUGUUCUUCGCUAUGGGAAAAACCGGGGACACUUCACUAGACUCAAAAACCACAAGAGAGGCCCAAAUACACAACGACAUUUUGAUUGGUAACUUUAGAGACACAUACAAUAACCUGAUUAUCAAAACGUUUAUGAGCCAUCGCUGGACUGUAACGCUUAAAUGCAAAUUCGUGCUCAAAACGGAUGAUGAUGUGUAUGUCAGACUCAAUGUGUUUACACAUUGGCUCCGCCUUCAAGGCUCGCCAGACCGCUUCUAUGGAGGCGAUAUUUUUAAGGACUACCGUGUCAUACGAGAUCGCUGCAGCAAAUGGCGCAAAUGGGCCAUCAGCAAGGCAUAUUUUUCAGAGAAUUUCUACCCACCCUACUGCGGCGGUCCUUUCCAUGUUAUCUCGUCCGACAUCGUACCCUACUUAUUGUCCUACACCUCUUUACGCCGACCGUUCCAUGUAGACGAUGCAUACAUUGGAAUAGCCAUGAGAGACUUAGGGGUUGAAGCAAUUGGAAUACCUGGUUUUGCCGCAAAUUACUAUUAUAAAACUAUAAGGAGGGAAAUUAGAAAGAGAAAGAAUUUAAAAGAUGCGCUGCAUGGAAUGGUCGCCAUCGGACAUGGAAUAGAACCAGAAUUGUUACGAUCCAUCCAUGAUAACUAUUAUCCCCUUACUGCAGCGUGAAUACGCAUUCUCAACAAUUAAACCCAUUUCUGCAGUUCCACCUAAUAGUCCAGUCAAAUUAGCCCAAAAAGGGUCAACCCUAAACUAAUUUCAACCAAAGCUUUUUUAGCUGAGUAUAACACAUUGAGGGUUCCUUUAUAACACAUCAAAAGUCCCAUAAAAUCGAAGUUUAGGAAAUUCUAGAAAAUUAAUAUUGAAAUUUCCAUUACAAGGAUUGUAUGAGAAACCACAGGAAGCCCAAGUAUUGAAAAAUGAAUAAAUGUGAUGGUGUUUUAGGACUGUACCAGAGUAGAAACAAUUGCUAGAACAUCUUUAAAACUAAAAUGAUCAAUUUUUCUAUAGAAUUUCGAAAUCAAUUAAGCAAAAUUUUGUAAGAGUGCUGUCCUGUCCUCCCGAAAAAAUAACUUUUCCAUUGCAUAA